AUGAUGUCUUCACAGUACCAGUCAGUACAUCUUGCCGCUCGUCCUGCGAGUGAAAUCGUUCCGGGAGAGACUUUCGAGGUUAGGUCGAAUGCUGCACCCAAGGAGUCCGAUCUCAAGAAUGGUCAAGUCAUCUUCCGUUCUCUGUACCUCAGUCUUGAUCCUGCCAUGAGAGGAUGGCUCAAUGGUAAGUUCGAGCAUAUCGACAACUUCCGUAUCAGUGUGACUGACUCUCAACCCCAGNACACACGCUCAUAUGUCCCUCCUGUCCAGAUCGGCGAAGUCAUGCGUGGAGUCGCCAUCGGUACCGUCGAAGCGUCCAAAUCCGACAAGUUCCCCGUCGGUACACUCGCCACUGGUUUCGUCGGCUGGACCGAACUUGCAAUCGUCGAAGAGAAGGCCCUCGAACGCGUUGACCUGCCUUCCAACGGCCGCACCACCGACGCCCUCGGUGUCCUCGGCAUGACCGGCUUGACCGCCUACUUUGGCAUCAUCAACGUCGGCGAAGUCAAGGAGGGCGACUUUGUCGUCGUCUCCGGUGCCGCCGGCGCAACAGGAAGUGUCGUUGCCCAGAUCGCCAAGCUCAAGGGCGCCAAAGUACUCGGUCUCGCCGGCAGCGACGACAAAGUUUCAUGGCUGAAAAACGACCUCGGUCUCGACGAUGCUCUAAACUACAAAGACGCCGAUUUCACCACCAAAUUCCGCGCCGCGACCAAAGGCUUGAUUGAUGUCUUCUUCGACAAUGUUGGCGGCGAGAUCCUCGAUCUUGCUUUGUCGCGCGCAAAACCUUUCUCUCGCUUUGUGUGCUGUGGUGCCAUUAGCGAUUACAACAGUGCUUCUCCUCGUGGACUCAAGAACUACAUGAUGAUUAUCUCCAUGCGCAUUCGCAUGCAAGGCUUUAUCGUGUUUGACUUUGCGGACCAGUAUGCCACUGCCAGACAGCAAUUGGCGCAAUGGCUCAAUGAGGGCAAGUUGCAGAGAAAGGAGACUGUCAUCGAGGGUGGAUUGAGCAAGGCGGAGCAAGGCUUGAGAGACUUGUACAAGGGUGUCAAUACUGGUAAACUGCUUGUUGAGGUUAGCAAACAGAAGGAUGGUAAAGCUAGACUGUAG